GGGAGGACGCUCUAGCCACCCUAGAGACAUCGAAACUCUUCCCAGGCCUCGCAGGACCCGUAGCGCAUUCGGAAGGGCUGGGGCCUGAGAAGAAAGGGCGGGGAGCCAGAGCGCCGAAGGAGGUAACAUCCGGGAUCCUCGCCCCUCGGGGGGCGGGGCAAAGGAAGAGGGGCGGGGCUCUUUCCCGGGAACCGAACCUGGAAGCCCCGGCGGCAGCGGAGCUGUGGCUGUCGCUGCCCGUCAGGCUGCUGUCUCGUGUCGUUUCCCAGCGCUGCGCAGGACUUCUCCUGACGGCGCUGCAGGUCCGGCGGGUCGGCUGCCAGGCACAGGUUUCCUAAAAGACAGGAAAAAUGGAGGAAUCUGUAAACCAAAUGCAGCCACUGAAUGAGAAGCAGAUAGCCAAUUCGCAGGAUGGACAUGUAUGGCAAGUCACUGACAUGAAUCGUCUACACCGGUUCUUAUGUUUUGGUUCUGAAGGUGGGACUUACUAUAUCAAAGAACAGAAGUUGGGCCUUGAAAAUGCUGAAGCUUUAAUUAGAUUGAUCGAAGAUGGCAGAGGAUGUGAAGUGAUACAAGAAAUAAAGUCAUUUAGUCAAGAAGGCAGAACCACAAAACAAGAGCCUAUGCUCUUUGCACUUGCCAUUUGUUCCCAGUGCUCUGACAUAAGCACAAAACAAGCAGCAUUUAAAGCUGUUUCUGAAGUUUGUCGCAUUCCUACUCAUCUCUUUACUUUUAUCCAGUUUAAGAAAGAUCUGAAAGAAAGCAUGAAAUGUGGCAUGUGGGGACGUGCCCUCCGGAAGGCUAUAGCAGACUGGUACAAUGAGAAAGGUGGCAUGGCCCUUGCUCUGGCAGUUACAAAAUAUAAACAGAGAAAUGGCUGGUCUCACAAAGAUCUGUUAAGAUUGUCACAUCUUAAACCUUCCAGUGAAGGACUUGCAAUUGUGACCAAAUAUAUUACAAAGGGCUGGAAAGAAGUUCAUGAGUUGUAUAAAGAAAAAGCACUCUCUGUGGAGACUGAAAAAUUAUUAAAAUAUCUGGAAGCUGUAGAGAAAGUGAAGCGCACAAGAGAUGAGCUAGAAGUCAUUCAUCUAAUAGAAGAACACAGAUUAGUUAGAGAACACCUUUUAACAAAUCACUUAAAGUCUAAGGAGGUAUGGAAGGCUUUGUUACAAGAAAUGCCUCUUACUGCAUUACUAAGGAAUCUAGGAAAGAUGACUGCUAAUUCAGUACUUGAACCAGGAAAUUCAGAAGUAUCUUUAGUAUGUGAAAAUCUGUGUAAUGAAAAACUAUUAAAAAAGGCUCGUAUACAUCCAUUUCAUAUUUUGAUUGCAUUAGAAACUUACAAGACAGGUCAUGGGCUCAGAGGAAAAUUGAAGUGGCGCCCUGAUGAAGAAAUUUUGAAAGCAUUAGAUGCUGCUUUUUAUAAAACAUUUAAGCGCCUCAGCCUCUCCAAGUGCUGGGAUUACAGGUGUGAGCCACCGCAUCCGGCCCAGAAGCUGUGUUUUUUAAGUUUACAUAACAUGCAUAAUGAUUUUAUUUUGAUGUCAAAUAUGGUAUUAAUCUGUGAGAACAAAAUUUUUUUGUCUCAAUUUUCUCAUGACAAGCACAAAAACCAAACUAUAUAUGCCAGCUUUGGGAAGGCUGUAUGUAUUGGUGCUAAACAAAAUGAUAUUGUAAAGACUAAUAUUUUUAAGGAUUUAUUUAUUAUUCAUGUGUUUGUUCUGAGCUAGAUCCCAGCAGGUGGAACAGAUUGCUCUCUUCCAAUGAUCUGGGCUCAGAAGACAAACACACCUGCUGAUGUCUUCAUUGUAUUCACUGAUAACGAGACCUUUGCUGGAAGUGUCCAUCCUGCUAUUGCUCUGAGGGACUAUCGAAAGAAAAUGGAUAUUCCAGCUAAAUUGAUUGUUUGUGGAAUGACAUCAAAUGGUUUUACCAUUGCAGACCCAGAUGAUAGAGGCAUGUUGGAUAUGUGUGGCUUUGAUACGGGAGCUCUGGAUGUAAUUCGAAAUUUCACGUUAGAUGUGAUUUAACCAUAAGGAGCAGCACAAACCAGAGAUCCAUUGCCAUCAGUGAUCUCACUAAAAAUAUACAGCUACUUCCUGGCAAAUCCCCAUCAGAUGAAUGAUGAUGGUAUAGUAUGUGCUUAAUGGAAAGUUACCUUUCCAAAAAAAAAGAACGAAAAAUAAGGUGGGCCAAAGGUCUAUCUACUAAACUAGCUCUUGGGGAAAUAGCUUCAGGAUACUGUAGUUUCUUCUAUCUAAUAGAGAACUUUUUAUUAAUAGAAAAUGUAAAAUAGUUUUCCUUUGUUAAAUAAUACAUGUGUACUUAAAAGAGGUAAGAGCAAAAAGUGUAAUUCCACAUCAUGUCACUUGUUUCAAAGUGCUUAAUGUUUUCUUACAUGUUUUCAUUGGGAAAGGACAGCUUUGAUAAUGUCCAAAUACUCUGAAAUGCACUAGACCAUGUAACUGUGAUGGAAUGUGAAACUCAUCUGUAACUUUUAUACAAAGGGGGUAAAAAAAAAAACUAAGACAUUUGGUUAAAUUAUGAAUGAGUUUUACAAAUUCCUUUCAGAGUUUUCUGAGGUAACAAAUAACAGCUUUCUUAUUCAAUGAAAAAGAUAUUUUAUUUCUGAUAUUUUAUUUACACUUGUAGAAUAUGUUACCAUUAAUCAGAAACAUCAUGGCAACCCCUAAGAAUAGACUAAAACUAAAGUUUGUGUUAGCUGAGGAAUUCUAUUUGGUUCUAUUUGGUUUGCUUUUUUUUUUUUUUUUUUUUUUUGGCUUUGUUAUAUUUUAUUGCUGCAAGGGGUGUGACUUGAUAAUGCUUUUCCUCUGAAUUAUAAUAACAUAGCCAGAUGUAGUCUCACACUUUUUUUUAUAAACUUAAGUGAAAAUAAUAUAAAAUGUUUCAAGCGCUUAACUCCCUCAUUCACAAAGUAUAGCAAUUAAAAUCUCAACUAUAACCAGAUUAGCUUUUUCCUUAUUUUUAAAAUAAAAAUUGUUUAAAUUAGUUUUAACUAGUUUUUAGUCAAUAUUUUUACAUUGUAUACUUGGCCUCUCUGCCCAUUAUUCAUUUUGUGGCAAAAUAUUCUUUGAUAAUGUAAACAAAUAAUAAAGCAAUCUAGGUCCAUUAGAUUUGAAAGACAAUUUUUGAGUAGCAUAUUACCAGCUAACCAGUCUCUAGGAAUUUUGUUUUAAAUAUUAUUUGUAUGUAUUAAACUUUUCAUUACACUAGAGUGCAUUAUUUUCUUGAGAAAGUAUCCUUCAUUGUAAGGUUUAACAUUAAAAUAAUCUGUUGAAAUCCCAUUA